GGCAACAAAGUAACUGAACAGCCAGCAGAGCUUGGUUUGUGGUGUUUUGGCAAAACAAGCUGGACAUUUGUUGUUAGUGACAUUAAGGACCAAUCAGAAGCUGCUGUCAUGGGGGCUGCUCUGUCAAGGGCAGCUCAGUGGACUACAGCUGGUUCUGGGACUGGCAAAUUGGAAAUCACCCCCUUGAAUGAGUCCUUACUGAAAGAGAUUAUUAAAUAUGUGGAAAACUUCAGCGCCAGACAUCCUCAAGAGGCAGCACUGGUUUUUAAGGAACCUAUUGAAUGGACAACAACUUUAGAGCCUUCUGCUUUUGGACCAGAUUAUGAAAUAAGUAAGUCCACAGUAAAUUCAAAAGAAACUGUCAAAGAUGGACAACCCUUGUUACAUCUUUCUUCACACACCAUUCAAGUUUACUGUUUUAGUCAGCUGUCCAACAUUUUACAGUUGGCCCAAGACAAAAAGAUGAAAGAAGUGCGGGCAUGCCUUGAAGCAAAUAGAGACCCUGUAGCAAAAAUUCUUGGACCAAGCUUUGCUACAGUAGAAGGAGAGGAUACCUCAAUGUUGCGUCUCUUGGACAAAGUGAAAGAUGAUAGUGAAGGUCAUGAAGCAGAACUGAAAAUGAAAAUGUUACUCCUCCUUCAGCAACUGGAUAUGCAGCUGCUUAAUAAUUCCUUGAAGCAAAUGUCACAAGAAGUACGUCCUACCCCUGUCACAGUUAAGAAUGAUGUGGAAUUGCUGAAACGCUUCUGUGGUGAAGGAGAGAAGAUGGUGUUGAAGUCUGUUGAAUACACAUCAGAUUAUGAAUUUUCAAAUGGAUGUCGCGCUGCACCAUGGAGGCAGGUUCAUGGAGAAAUUUGUUAUCUAUUAAUUAAACCCCUUGACACUGAUCCCUUGUAUAUCACAUGCAGUACGGCUGGAGUUUUUCUUAAUGGGGGUAUGGAAAAGGAAAGUGAGGCAAUUGACUAUGAAAGAAAAAGUGAAGUGUAUAAAGAUCUUGUCACACUUCUGAAAAACAAGUCUCCACAUUUUGCAGAAAACAUCACUAAGCAGGAUUUUGCAAUUUAUGAAGAACCUCCAUCGACUCAAAAGACCCAGCAUGUGGAAUUGGUUGAUACUGAGGAACAAGGCCAAACCCAAAGGUCUUACGAGAAUCGAGAAAAGAAUGUGCAUGAGAAGAUGAGACAACAGCCCACACAGAACAAGCCAACCCCCCCAAAAAAAUUGGAACCAUCUUUAAAGUGGAAGAAUCUUAAUUUAACUUCUUACCAAGAGGAAAAAAAUGAAAAUUCCACAAUUAUAAAGACUGGCAAACCCGAUAAAGAAACUGCAGCAAAGGGAAGGAUCUCUCCUCGGAGUCCCGAAUUUAAAAACAAGGCACAUUUUUCUUUUGCACAUUUACCAAGACCUUCAGCACGAAAACCUAAGACUCCGGGGGCUAAGGAUGAAGAUUUCAGUGAGAGUUCUUCAGAGAGUGAAGAAGAUGAAGACCAGCCUGAUCGGCGUCAGGAGUCAAACACAGACUUACCUUCGGAAUACUGGCAAAUUCAGAAGUUGGUCAAGUACUUAAAGGGAGGUAACCAGACAGCUACUGUGAUUGCAUUGUGCUCUAUGAGGGACUUUAAUUUAGCACAGGAGACAUGCCAAUUGGCUAUCAGGAAUGUAGGUGGCCUUGAUGUGCUCAUUAAUUUGCUGGAUACAGAUGAAAUCAAAUGUAAAAUUGGUUCACUGAAAAUUCUAAAGGAAAUCAGUAGAAAUUCACAGAUCCGGCGUGCCAUUGUGGACCUUGGUGGCUUACAGACCAUGGUAAAAAUCCUAGACUCCCCGGAUAAGGAUCUCAAGUUUUUAGCUGCAGAGACAAUUGCGAACGUGGCCAAGUUUAGACGGGCAAGAAGAACUGUCAGACAGCAUGGAGGAAUAAAGAGACUGGUGGGACUCUUGGACUGUGUUCCUGAUAACUCUGCUAACCUGACUUCAGAACAGGAAAAAGACAUUGAGGUGGCACGCUGUGGUGCCCUGGCACUGUGGAGCUGUAGCAAGAGCACCAGGAAUAAAGAAGCAAUCCGUAAAGCUGGGGGGAUUCCGUUACUUGCACAGCUUUUAAAGUCUCCGCAUGAAAAUAUGUUAAUCCCAGUAGUUGGCACACUGCAAGAAUGUGCUUCUGAGCAAAGUUACAGGGUUGCAAUUCAGACUGAGGAGAUGAUUAAAGAUUUGGUGAAAAAUCUUAGUAGAGAAAACCCUGAGCUUCAGAUGCAUUGCGCAAGCGCUAUCUUUAAGUGUGCUGAGGACAUAGUAACGCGUGACCUUGUUAGACAAUAUGAUGGCCUGAAACCUCUGGCUGCACUUCUAAGCAUGUCUGAGAACAAGCAACUUUUAGCUGCAGCCACUGGAGCCAUCUGGAAGUGUUCCAUCAGCAUUGAGAAUGUGGCAAAGUUUCAGGAAUACAAAGCCUUAGAAACCCUAGUUGGACUGCUGACUGACCAGCCUGAAGAAGUUCUUGUCAACGUUGUGGGAGCUUUAGGAGAGUGUGCCCAAGAACCAUCCAAUCGAGCUGUUAUUAGGAAGUGUGGGGGCAUUCAACCACUGGUCAAUCUCCUUACCGGAACCAACCAAGCACUUCUGGUCAAUGUUACUAAAGCAGUUGGAGCCUGUGCUAUUGAACCUGAUAACAUGGCAAUCAUUGACCGUUUGGAUGGAGUCCGCUUAUUAUGGUCCUUGUUGAAAAAUCAAAAUCCAGAUGUUCAAGCAAGUGCAGCAUGGGCAAUAUGUCCCUGCAUUGAAAAUGCAAAGGAUGCAGGUGAAAUGGUGCGCUCCUUUGUUGGUGGACUGGAGCUUAUUGUUAAUUUGUUAAAUUCUGAUAAUAAAGAAGUGCUUGCAGGUGUAUGUGCUGCCAUAGCCAAAAUAGCCAAAGAUGAAGAAAAUCUGGCGGUAAUAACAGAUCAUGGAGUUGUUCCAAUGCUGGCCAAACUGACAAGCACUACUGAUGAUAAACUGCGUCGUCACUUGGCCGAGGCUAUAGCUCAGUGCUGUAUGUGGGGCAGCAACAGAGUUUCCUUUGGGGGGGCUGGUGCUGUUGCCCCUCUAGUGCAUUACCUGAAUUCACAGGACACUUCAGUCCAUCGAGCAACAGCACAGGCCCUUUUUCAGCUUUCAAGAGACCCAAACAACUGCAUCACCAUGCAUGAAAAUGCAGUGGUGAAGCUUCUUCUAGACAUGGUUGGCUCCACAGAUGAAGUGCUGCAAGAAGCAGCUGCUGGUUGUGUCGCCAACAUUCGCAGACUUGCUCUGGCCAACGAAAAGGCCAGAUAUGGUUAAACAUAUUACACCAAUUCCAAAGCAGUACAUUACCUGCCCAGGUAGCACACACACUUGUUUGACCACAUAUAAAAUGGAAGAAUGUUUUGUUUGAUUGGCUGUUUAGAACAUGUUUAAUUGAAUAUAUUUAAUUUUACAAAAAAACUGAAUUCUACUUGGGACAGAGAUCUAUUUAAGCAAGUUCCAUUCACAAUAUGUUUUGCAUUGUCUGGUUUAAUAACAAUAAAUGUUUUCUUCAUUGGUUGUGGCUGUGUUAAGUUAAAAUGCUUUACACGUUUCUUUCUGUGCUUUAAUCUGCAUAAAUGCCCUGUCGUUAUAGUUUUGUCUGCUCAUUUUUUUUUCUAAUCCACAAGAGAGAUUAAUAUGAAAACAGAGGCUUCACAUCUGGUAUUGUUACUAUAACUAACAGCAGCAGCAAUUGGAAAUAAUAUACCUCCUCCAAAAAAUGAAAGUAAAAGCAACAUUUUAAAAUAUUAAGUCUAUGCCAAAAUGUCAAACCCAUGUUAUUUAUUCACCUGACUGGUCAAACAUGCAAGAAAAAAAUAACAGUAGUUAGUUAUCUCUUUGCUGAUUUAAAAUUUAGCUAGAUUAUUUUAAUUACAACAUUUAAAAACAGGCCUUUACUUUAAAGCAUCAUUUUCCAAAAACAAUAUCACAAAAUUGGAAUGUCACGUUGCAUUUGGAACAGGACACAAAGUAAAUCUGCUGUUACCUCAAAUUAACGUGCUUCAAAUGUAUGGAAUUGUCAUUAAAUUAUGGAAAAAGAAACAAUUACAAGUAAAAUGGAAAAUAAUUGUAUAAUUGCCUCAUUAAACGUACUGCUGCCAUGAAAAUUAAAAAUUGAUGCACAUAGUCUGAGAAGUACGAUAUUACGCUAUUGAAUUAUUAACAAAAACAUCAUGUUGUGUUCUGCUUUAUUUCAACUAAAACCUACUGACCCUCGGCAUUGUACCAAUGUGUUUUUUUUCUAAUUAUUAUGCACUGUAUUAAGUAUGUGGUGUGUUUACUGUGUUUCCCAAUGAGUGAGCCAAGAUGUCAAGCAUAUGCUCAGUGGUUGUCUGGAAUUAAUAAAGACGGAGAGAACAAAUAGAAAAGCCACAGAAGAGGUGGAGCAUGCAGUCAGGGGAGAUAUAACAUUGUGUCUCUGGCUUUCUGCAAAUGAUAAAGGUCAUCUUUUUACAUAUCAAAGAAAUUCGAUGAUUGCAGAAAAAUAAAGAAUUUAGUCUCUUGCAGUAACACAGUGCUUCUCAAACCCUAUAUCAUGUGCAAAAUCAAGAAAAUAUAGAUAUUGUAGC